CGCACACAGAUUGGCGAAUUCGGACAAGGCCCACACGACAAGAACCGUUGAUUUCGUCACCAUAAAACCGGCCAAAGAAUUUCUGCUUCCUUCUUCUCCUUCUUCUUCCUUCCUUAAUCUUCACUCCAUCCCUCUUUCGACUGCCAAAACCGCACGCAACCGACGGGGAAAAAGGACCGCCCACAACCCCCUCAAACCUUUUUUGCUCUUUCUCGCAUGUCGGAGAGGCGGGCCCACCGGCGACAGGCCGCGGUCUCCGGCGGCGGCAGGAGUAGCAGGCCGCCGCAGCCGUCGCCACCCGCUGCCCGGCGGUCUUCGUUCAAGCACCUGAGGCCGGCGAAGAGGCUCGAGAGGUGCUCCUCCGAGCCCUCGCUAUGGAACAGUGCGGAAGAUCUGGUCGGGGACGGCCCGGGCGAUCUGAGGCAGAGCGUGAGCUCGAACGACGGGGCUCUGUUCAGCCCCCUGAGCUGCACGGACGUGCUUGCCUCGUCUCCUUCUUUGAUGGGUAGUUCUUCUCCCGGCGGAUUGGAGGUAAAAGGAUACAAUAAGGAAGCCAAGGUGGUGGUAAAUGUAACCGUGGAGGGGAGUGUAGGGCCUAUCAGGAUGAUGGUCAAAUUGGGUUCCAGUGUGGAGGACACAAUCAAACUCGUUAUGAACAAGUAUAAGGAAGAAAGGCGAAUGCCCAAGAUUGAUCGGGAUCGCUCGACCGGCUUCGAGCUGCACCAUUCCUAUUUCAGCCUUCAGAGUCUGGAUAAAUCAAAGCUUCUCGGCGAUGUGGGUAGCCGAAGCUUUUAUCUGCGAAGAACCACUACUGGUCUCGAUAACAGCGGAUUCUCGGCUUCUUUUGUAUCCGAUAAAGCAGCAACAGUGAGGACCAGCUCUCCACCGAGUCCGCCUCUUUUCUUCUUGUUUACAACUUUCAUAGCUCGAAAGCUCGCGAAAAUCAUGAGAAGGGCUCAUAAGCUCUGGAGAAUCAUUAUCUGCUCGCAACAAGACUAACCCGACAUCCUUCCAGUGUUGGAGCGGCAUAAUUUUUUUGUCAUGCUACUCUAACUGCAAUUGCUGUUCGAUGUUACCUUUCAUAAUUCGGCAUACAUACGACCAGCUCCUCUGAUGGGGUCCUCCGGUUCAACUUGUGAAUGAUGCCAUUUGAUUCGACCAUUGAUUCAGCGUACUGGCUAUGUGCAUAAGAAGUGCGUCUAUUCAUUGCAUUGUAUAGCUAAAGCGUGUGAGAGUUCACCCUACUGCUAUGAUGGUGGACAGCAUUGGAAUGGUCGGUCGGGUUUGGCAAAGGACAAGUUAGAUGAACUUCAAUGUAUUGUAUUAAUAUCUAUGAUGUGUUUUCACACGAGAAGUGAAAAGAAUAGUAAAAAAGGAGGAACUUUAUAUUGUGCUCA